CUCGCCGCCGAAUUUCGUCACCUCGAGUUGUCUAGCAGCCUCGGCUCCGGCUUCAUGCAUACGGGCACUAUCGGAGUAGAUUCCAUCGGCGGCCUAAUGGUCGAUUGUGUUGGUCCGCCUACAGGAAACGCUGCCUCAGGUUUUCUUUCAUCUCGACUAUUUGGAAUGCCUGCAUCUUCGCUGAACAACCUUUCCGGUCAGCUUAGCCUGAAUGGUGGCCUUGGCGGCCUUGGGAAUCUGCCUGAUCUCCCCCAUUACUCCUCCCUACUGUUUACCCCUCGUACUGUCAAGGGCAGCGGUGUCAGUCUCAAUUUCGGAAGUCACAUUAAAUGCGCCGAGCCUGCAUUCGGCCUCCCAGUUCAUCUUCUAUGUGCCUCCAUCUCCCGAGGCCCUUCGUCAACGGAGGCUUUUAAUCGCAAAGUCUUUCAAUGUAGCGGACUUCAGCCCAGCAUAACAGUAACUUCUGCUCCUUCUUAUGGACCCCUUAUAGUUGGCGAUGGACAGGUUGUAGGGAAUGAAGUGGAUGAAGAGGAAAAUGACAUAGAAAGAUACAAUGAAUCAGCUAUCUGUCCGACAAAGGAAAUCAAAACAACGGCCACUGCAUCCUUAAUUCGAGCCGCUGACUCGCUGAAAGGGACACCCAGGCUGGCCGACCACCGAUCCGAAGAGUUUGCUUGGCCCAGUAGCUUGUUGGAGCAGAAGGCCGGUGGAGCAGAUUCGCUGGCUUGUAUGUUAAUGCUUUACCAUUUGGACAGGAACGAAUGA